AUGUUUUAUAUUAAAGCCCAACAACGUGUAAAAUUCACACAACAAUUAUUUACAUCUACAUUUGCCAUUUGUUUCUUGCUCGUUGGUGCUAAUUCAAUACUACCAUGUCCAGUAGAUUCAAAUUAUGGUAAUGAUUCAAAUGAAAAAUUCAAAAAACAACAAGAAAUACAGAAAAGAAAACAACAAAUACAAGAACAAGGAAGACAAGUGUAG